AUGAAAAUAAGUUUUAAAAAUUUAAUUUUUAUUUCAUUUUUAAUAAUAAAAGUUUCAUCAUAUGGUGAACCAAAUUUAAGAGGUAAUCCAAAUUGGUUUGAAAGAAGUAAUCAUGUAUUAGUUAAUUCAGUUAGAAUUGCACCAAAGGAAUACCAAAAUAGAUAUACACAAUUUGGAAAUCAAGAUGUAUUAUCUCCAUCAAUUUAUCCAUCAGUGCCACCAUUAUUCUUUGAAUUUUCAUUAGGAGCAUCAGCAUUGGCUCAUGCAAGAGAUAUGUCAAUAAACAAUUGUUUUUCACAUGAAUCAUGUGAUGGAACAGAUUCCGAUACCAGAAUCAAUGAAUACUAUCAUUGUGAUGAAAUCCAUGGUGAAAACAUUGCAGCAGGUUAUGAUUCACCAUUGAUCACCAAUAAUCAAUGGGUUUGUGAUGAUGGCACCAAUGACCCAUACUCAAAUCCAACAUGUGCUCAAGAUGCUUCAGGUUCCGAUGGUCAUAGAGCAAAUAUUAUGAAUCCAAAUUUCAAGGCAAUAGGUGUUGGUUUCUCUUUUACCUCUGAUAGCACCUACCAUUCCUACUGGACUCAAGAUUUUGGCGCUCAACCAUGUUUUAACAUUACCAAUCAACCAAUUCAUUCGGGUUCUCAUUUAUUCUUAAAUCAAAACAAAUUAACUUUUAUGGUCGAUUGGUAUGAUCAAGUUGAACCAACCGUUGCUUACGUUGUAAUUAGUGGUAAACCUAAUAAAUUGAAUUUAGAAAUGGGUUCAAAAUCAAAAGGUAUUUAUAGUUUAUCAGUCCCAAUCGAGAAUCAAAAAUCAAAUGAUGAUGAUAAUAAAAAAUCAAAAACUCAACAGGCUUCUGAUUUUGCAAAGAAAUUAUUACAUUUAGAUUCCUGUAGAGAUUAUUAUUUCUAUUUUGAAAAAUCAAUCAUUACAAAUACAACAAAUUCAACAGUUCAAGUAACUGAUAAAGGUAAUGUCACACUCACUUCCUAUUCAUUUUCAAAAUCAACUGAAAUCUUUAGAUAUCCACAUUUUGGUUAUUUAACUACUUUUGGUGAAGGUAAUUGUAAAAGAUCUUAUUCAAUCAAUGGUACUGAAUAUAAUCCUUAUAAUAAUUUUAAUUCUACAACUGGAAUGCAUUCUUCAACUUCAUCUUGGUCAUCAACUUCUUCAACUUCUUCGUGGUCUUCAACUUCUUCAACUUCAUCAUGGUCUUCAACUUCUUCAACCUCUUCAUCUCCUUCUACUGUUCCACCAACAAAUAAUAAUGGUGGAAAUAGUAAUAAUUCUGAACAACCAUCUUCAACAACAACAACUACUACUACAUCUUCUACAAUAGGUACAACAAUGGAACCAACAACUUCAACAACAACAUCAACAACAACUUCUACAACUAUUGAACCAACUACAUCAUCAACAACAACAUCAACAACAACUUCUACAACUGGAUCAUCAUCAUCAUCAUUAUCAUCAUCAUCAUCAGAUAAAUUUGAUUCAUUUGAAUCAUCAAUUGAAAUAUUUAAUAGUAACCAUAAAUUUAUUGGAUGCUUCAAUGAUGAUAUUUCUCAUGAUUUACCAUUUAAUGAAAUUUUUUCAAUAAAUAUGACAAAUGAUAAAUGUGAAUCUUAUUGUACAAAGAAUGGAUAUAAAUAUGCUGGAACAGAGUUAGGAACACAAUGCUAUUGUGGUAAUUCAUAUGGUCACUAUGGUAAAGCUAAUAAAGAAUCUGAUUGUAAUUUUAAAUGUGGUGGUGAUAAAUCUAAAAUCUGUGGUGGUAAUGAUAAAAUCUCUGUUUAUAAAACAAGUUAUAAUGGUUGUUUCUCAUAUGAACCAUUGAUUGGUCAUUUCUCAAUCUCUGCAAGUAGUCCAAAUAUGACAGUUGAGGGAUGUAGAGCUCAUUGUUUUAAAAAUCAUUAUUUAAUUGCUGGUUUAUCACGUGGUAAUCUUUGUUUCUGUGGAAAUGAUACAAUUUUUGAGCAACAACCACAAACCGAAAAUCCCUCAAGACCAAAAUCAAUUCCAACUUGUAAUUCCAAAUGUACAGGUUCAAAUAAAGAAAAUUGUGGUGGUGUAAAUGAAAUUUCAAUCUAUUCAACUGAAAAUAUUUCAAAUCUUUUGGUACCUGAUAAUUUAAAGGAUACAUCUUCUUUAUUAAAUCAAAAUCAACAACAACAACAACAAGAACAAGAACAAGAACAAAAUAAUUCACAACCAUUAUUAUUAAUAUCAUUAAAAUCAUAUAUAUUAAUAAUAAUAAUAACAAUAUUUGUAUCAUUAAUUUAG